AUCCAGCCAGGGUUCGGUCUACUGUUUGACAUCGAUGGGGUGCUGGUCCGGGGGAAGACUCCUAUUCCAGCCGCUAAGAAGGCCUUCCAGAAGUUGGUGGACUCCAGAGGACAGUUCUUGGUUCCUGUGGUGUUCGUCACCAACGCUGGAAACUGUCUCCGUCAGAAGAAGGCUGAUCAACUGUCUCAAAUACUGGGAGUGCCUAUCUCCCAGGACCAGGUGAUGCUGUCUCACAGUCCUCUCAGGAUGUUCACGAAGUACCAUGAGAAAUGUGUUCUAGUGUCAGGACAAGGACCUGUACUGGAUAUCGCUAACAAUCUGGGCUUCCGGAAUGUGGUGAGCAUCGACAUGUUGAGAGAAUACUUCCCCCUGCUGGAUAUGGUGGACCACAACAGACGACCCAAACUACCAUCUUCACCUAUUGUGAACCUCCCUAUAGUUCAAGCGGUCAUCCUGUUCGGCGAGCCAAUCCGAUGGGAGACCAACCUCCAGCUGAUCAUUGAUGUGUUGCUGACCAAUGGGAGCCUGGGUAACGCCCAUGAGAUGCGUCACUCCGCCCACCUGCCGCUACUGGCCUGUAACAUGGACCUGAUGUGGAUGGCCGAGGCCCAGUCUCCACGGUUUGGCCACGGGAUGUUCCUUGUGUGUCUGGAGAACAUCUACAGGAAGAUAACGGGGCAGGAGCUGAAGUACGAAGCUCUGAUGGGGAAACCUUCUGAACUAACAUAUCACUUCGCUGAGUACCUCAUCAGGGAGCAGGCUGCAGAGAGAGGCUGGAGGACACCUAUAAGAACACUCUACGCUAUCGGAGACAACCUGAUGACAGAUAUCUAUGGAGCCAACCUGUAUAACCGCUAUCUGGAGGAAAGGGUCCGGACCAGGCAGACUGCUGCCCAAGUAGUGCAGGCCACGGUGGAGGGUACAGGGGGCGGAGGGUCCCCUAAAGCCCUUCUCCAGGACCAGGACAUAGAGACGGCCUUGGAGAGCGAGCUGGCCUCCCCCUCCGCCACCUCCUGUAAAUCCCUGCUGGUAUGUACCGGUGUCUAUAACCCUCACAGCGAGGUGCCGGCUGAUGCCAGCCACAGCAUCACCGAGACUGUGUUCCAUGGUCACCGGGACUUCCGUUUCGACCCGGCCCUGAUGGAACCAGGACACAUCGUACAGGACGUACACAACGCUGUGGAACUCAUCUGUCAACAGGAGAACUUUGUCUCUACUAGGCAAUGA